AGUACCACAAGUGGAAUAAUUUAAAAACGGUGGAAAGACGGUGAGUGAAUGUGAAGGUGCAAAUUGUGUUGUUGGAUGUUCACAGACCAUCACUUGGAGGAUUUAGUCAUUGGGAGAGAGUUCCGAGAGAAAGACACGAAAUUGCACACAAACUUUUCGGCACAUUGGAGUAAAAGUGAUUCAAUGUAGAUGAAGUCAGUAAAAGUUAUACGAUAAUAAAAAUUUUAAGUGAAUUUAAGUGAAAUAAAUACAAUACAGUGUCGAAACUAUGUGCCUAAUUUAGUAAUCAAAAUUAAUGCAACAAGUACCAGUGAUUUUCUAUUCUUCUCUCAGUUUCAUCUUCUUCAUUUAGACCAAAAAAAAAGUGUCUCAACAAACUUCAUCUAUUAGUUAAUUCAAAUCAUCAAUCAUGAAGUUGCUGUAUUGCUGUGUUAUAUUGACCAUACCAAGUUUAUUGGCUAGUCCUGUCGCUGAUUCUUCCCUUGAUCCAGUAGUUCUUUCUGAUAAAUUAUCUGAAAUUACGAGAGCAAAGAGGGCGGGAAGCUUUGACUUUUUGGGUGGAAUUAAGAAGGGUAUCUUGAGUGGGCUUGGUCAAGCGUCAGCAUCACUAGCUGCUGGCAGCAGUGGUAGCAGUAGUUCAAAAAGUCAUCCUGCUCCGCAUGAAGAGAUCAAAAUUGACGCUUGGCAGCUGAAGAAAUCGAUUCUCAAUACUUUAUUCCAAGCUGUGAAAGCCAUCACGGGGGGUGUUACCGCGAUCAAGGGUCAAUUGAUCAAAGGAAGUGGCUAUUUGAUCAGUGCAUCAGGAAAGUUAGUAGCUGCUAGCGGUGACAAGGUUACAAAUGUUGGAAAACAGAUUGUUACAAAAGCCAUCCUGGUGCCACCUCAGCCACAUCCUUUUAUCGCAAAACUCAGUGGGGGUUCAUCGAGUGCGCACCCAAGUCCUACUGGCCAUAGUGAAAGCUUCACAAGCUUUGAUAGUCCAAUCACAGUGGAGCAUACGAGCUAUGAUACGCAUGGUGAUUCUCAUGCAUACUUGCCCCCAGCACCAUUGACAUCCUACGGCACACCAUCUGUGUCCCCUGGUUACGUAAGCACAAAAUAUGGAGCACCGACUUCGGAGCCACUUUUGGAGAAUGUACAACAAUGGUAGAUCCCACAUGCAUAUUAUAUGUACAUAGAUAUGUAUAUGGAAUUUAUCGCAGUCAGUGAAAUGAAACUGGACCCGGUGAAACUUUUGAAAUUUAGUCUUUAAGAUAUUGGAGUAUGGAUACAAAAAAUGUCAAUAUAGGUUGAAUUUAAUUAUAUACACUAAACAAGUGUACUAUGUAUGUAUAACCGGUGAUUCUAUUAAUAUUUUGUAUAUAAUAUUGUAAUAUUAUGUAAUUAAUAUUGCAUUAUCUACACUCAUUGUAAUUUAUUAUUUUGUAAAAUUGACUGUAUGUAUAAAAAUGUUUUGUAAGAAGAAAAGAAGAGAAAACUUAAAAAAAAUAUUUAGAAUAUUUACUUCCACGUUGUUUUACCUCAUUUUAGGCGAAAAAAUAUUAAACAUAUUUAAGCAAACACGAUAUUUUGAGUUAUCGUGUGAAAAAUUUACUCAUUUCCUUUUUCUCUAAAAAAGAAAUGAAAAACUUAAGGCAAAAACGUUCAUCACGAAUCAAUGUUUCAAAUAUUAUUUAUCAAAGAGAAGGGGAAUAAUAGCAGGAAUAGAAGAGACAAUUUGUGUGACAAGUGCAGUAGAGUUUCUUAAGGCAAACACAUUUUCUGAUUACUAAGAAGUAACAUUUCCCUUGUGAUCUCGGCUGUGAUCACAGCUUGAAUUGAAAUUGAAAUCCAGAUGUGAGUCUUAGCAACUUAUCAGAACUUUUCCAUCACUUUCUCACUUUUAUGUUACCUGUACUGUAUUUUAUCUUCACUAGACAAAACAUAAUCAACAAUAGCUAAUAAGAUUUGUUGGGGGAAAGUUGAAAUUUAGAUGUGAAAAUGAAGAAAAACUGUUUAGGUGUUGAUACCUUAUAGGACAAUUGAGUUGCCAGUCUAGAGAAAAGUUUUAAUUUUUAUUUAGAGUGGCGAGGUCAACUAGCUAAACAUAAUUCCUACCCUUAUCUGAGAGUAGACGAUAAAUUUUCAACUAUAGUUCACUUUCUUAAGAAACUUAUUAAAUUACUUUCCAAUAUUUUCUAUAAACUGCGGAAACAUAAAAUAUUAUUGCGAAUGAAAUAUUAUUUAAAAAAAAUUAAAAACCCCGAGACAGUGCAAAAUGUUCUUCCUCUUAUAAGACAGUAUAGGGGAACCUGGGGCAAGAAGAAAAUUUUUUGGAACAUAUUUUUUUCGGUUUGAUUUUUUUAAGCUUACAAAUUGGUAAAAUUAGACAGAUACAGCACUAUUUGAGAUAUUAUUACCCCAUAUAACUAAAGUUUAGUAGAUACAGGGAUUUUUAGAACUUGUCACCAAUUGUUUGUGAACAAGAGAAUUGUUAACCUUUUGAUGUGUUUUUGGGAUUUUACUGAAUCAUUUGAAAUAAUUUCUCUUUCUUCUCCAUUGAAUGUAGUCUCUCUAGCAUAGAGUGAAGUAUUUAUAUAGAUAUUUUCUGCCAAACAACUUUAUUUCACAUCAUAUCGCUCUGUUUCGAUUGGAAUUGCAAUUUAAUGAAUUUUUACAAAAUCCUUGAAUUACUUACUUCUUCUUAACCU